AUGGCCACCAACAUCACCUUCCACGCCCCCGCCUUGACCAAGACCGAGCGCAGCACCCUGUGCAACCAGCAGGGUCUGACGAUCUGGUUGACCGGUCUCUCCGCCUCCGGAAAGUCCACCAUCGCCGUCGAGCUGGAGCACCAGCUGCUCCGCGACCGCGGCGUGCACGCCUACCGUCUGGACGGUGACAACAUCCGCUUCGGACUGAACAAGGACCUUGGCUUCACCGAGGCUGACCGUAACGAGAAUAUCCGCCGCAUCGCCGAGGUCGCCAAGCUGUUCGCCGACUCGUGCUCGAUUGCCAUCACCUCUUUCAUCUCCCCGUACCAGAAGGACCGCGACACCGCCCGCAAGCUGCACGAGGUUCCCCCGCCCGGCGAGAGCACCGGUCUGCCGUUCGUUGAGGUCCAUAUCGAUGUCCCCGUUGAAGUUGCCGAGCAGCGUGAUCCCAAGGGUCUGUACAAGAAGGCUCGUGAGGGUAUCAUUAAGGAGUUCACUGGUAUCUCGGCUCCCUAUGAGGCGCCUGAGAAGCCCGAGGUCUACAUUAAGAAUGUUGACCUGCCUGUCAAGGAUGCUGUGAAGCAGAUCAUCGCUUACCUUGAUUCCCAGGGUUACCUCCCUAAGCAGGAGUAA